UAUUCGUGCGAGACGCAAGCGAGAAAGACCCACCAGACGCUUCGACGCAAGCUGAUGCUUUUGCCGAACUCGUGCAAUGUCUGGACGAUAGAAGUUUAUCGCUAGUGAUACGAGACGCGAGAGACGACGGGAGGAAAGCGCUAGAAGUUCUCAGACAGCACUACCAAGGGAAGGGAAAGCCACGUAUAAUUUCGAUUUAUACCGAACUGACAUCGCUAAAGAAAGAAGAGAACGAGCCAAUAGUCGAUUAUGUCAUACGAGCUGAGUCAUUUGCGACAGCGUUACGAAAUGCCGAGGAGGCUAUCAGCGACGCAUUGUUAAUCGCGAUGGUUUUGAAAGGCUUACCGAGAGAAUACGACACGUUUGCCACGGUAGUUGUGCACAGAGAGAAACAAAUUACUUUCGCCCGUGGGCGUACCGGAAGGAAAAAAUUAGGAGGGCGGAAAGAAAUUUGCCCGACUUUUUCGGAUUGUGCCCGACCAGUGCCGCAAAAAUUUUUUCCGGAAUUAAAAAAAAAUUUGUACAGUGUCAAUUUGGCCAGUGUACCAUUUUAGGACUCCAAACAUUUUUCGGACAUACCUAAAUUUUUCGGAACAUCAUACAAAUUGUCCAAACAUCACAAAAUUGACCACAAAUUUGACGGAAUUUCCCACAAAAUUCACAGAAUUGUCCCAUUUAUUUUUAUAAUAAGCCAAUAUUGCCCGACUGUGGAGCGUAUAUUGCCCGACUUGCUUUCUUUGCCCAACAAACUGGGGGGGGGGGUGGUUGCCGCCCCCCCCCCGCCCGGUACGCCCAUGCUUUCGCCGAAUUCAAGAGCGCGCUACGAAGCCACGAGGAAAGCGCAAAAACACAUGGUGGGAAGGCUGCCAGCGCGGGGGAGAAUAUUAUGUUGACGAAGCAAAAGUUCGAUGGGAACUGUUUUAAAUGCGGGAGAAAGGGACAUAAAAGCGUGGAGUGUUGGUCGAAGACAUCGGAAAGAUGGUGUAGCAACUGUAAAAGUAAAACCCACGAGACAAAGAAUUGCCGGAAGAAGAAAGAUGCGGCGAAGACAGCAGCCGAGAAGACAACGUCAAGUGAGAACAAUGAACAUACGUUUGCCUUUACAUCCAAAGACACAAUUAAUAUAUCAGGUAUAAAUAAUAAGAGGAAUUCUAGUUUAUUAGUAGAUACUGGAGCCACAAGUCACAUUAUAAAUGACAAAUCAAAAUUUGUGGACUUUGAUAAAGAAUUUAAUCCUAGUGCGCAUGUCAUAGAACUCGCUGAUGGCAGUAAAGCCAACGUAGUAUUAGGAAAAGGAAAUGCCAAAGUUAAACUUUAUGACGUCAAUGGUAAUGCACGUGAAGUAAUGUUAAAUAGCGCAUUGUAUGUUCCGUCCUAUGAUCAAAAUAUUUUUUCAGUGCAUGCUGCAUUAGAAAGGGGGGCCAGUAUUAGUUUAGAUAAGCAGGUGAAACAGCUCAAAUGUCCUGAUGGCACAACGUUUGGAAUGGAAUAAAAAGGUAGGUUAUAUUAUUUAAAUAGUAUUUCAUCCUCUAAGAAUAGUGCAUGUUCUCUGCAUGAAUGGCAUAAAAUCCUUGGUCACUGUAAUUAUGGUGAUGUUCAGAAAUUGGAAAAUGUUGUAGAGGGGAUGAAUAUUUCCAACUAUGAUGAAGUAGAGUGUACUGUUUGCACUAAAGGUAAGAUGUGCCAAUUUAGGAAUAGAUCCCCAGAUGAAAGAGCAACUGCUCCAUUAGAUUUUGUGCAUUGUGACCUGGCUGGUCCUAUUGAUCCUGUAGGAAGAGAUGGCUUUAAGUAUACUUUGUCAUUCGUUGAUGACUGUUCAGGGAUUAUUAUGGUCUAUUUUCUAAAAUGUAAGAGUGAUACCCCAGAAGCAUUACAGCAAUUCUUGGCUGAUGCUGCUCCUUUUGGGAGGGUUAAGCGCGUCAGGAGUGACAAUGGCACAGAAUUCACUAGUCAUAAAUUCAAAUCUAUUCUUCGAGAAAAUAGGAUAAGGCAUGAGACUAGUGCACCAUAUUCCCCACAUCAGAAUGGAACGGUAGAAAGAGCAUGGUUGAGUCUUUUUAAUAUGGCUCGAUGUUUGUUGCUUGAGGCAAACUUGCCAAAGUCCAUAUGGACUUAUGCUGUUAUGGCAACAGCCUACAUCAGAAAUCGUUGCUUCAAUGCGAGAUUUGGCAAAACUCCUUAUGAGGCAUUUACAGGGUUUAAACCAGAUUUGAGCAAUAUGCAUGUCUUUGGUUCCGUUUGUUACGCAUAUGUGCAAAAUGCAAAGAAAUUAGAUCCUAGAAGUAAACAGGGUAUAUUUGUGGGAUAUGAUAAAAGAAGUCCUGCAUAUCUUGUCUUUUAUCCUGAUUCCAAUAAGGUUGAACGUGUAAGGUGUGUGAAAUUUUUCAAUGAGAGCAACCAUGAAUCUAAGGUUAAUCCUGACGAACAGGAAGGGGAAUUUCUGCCCAGUAAAGUGUCUGUACCUAUUGCCAAUGAGAGUGUAAUAUCAACACAAGGGAAUGAAAGUGUAAAUGGCACUGAAACUGUGCAUGAUGAAGUACGGUACCCUAGUCGAACUCGUACUAAGCCAACAUAUUUGAAUGAAUAUGUAACUGGUAAGGUUGUUGAUGAUGCAGCAACAUGUGCAGUUAAUUAUUGCUAUAGAACCCAUGACAUUCCAACUAGCUAUUCCCAAGCAGUACAUUCUCCUGAAAGAAAUAAAUGGGAAAAAGCCAUGGAUGAUGAAAUUGAGGCCUUAGAGGGCAAUGAAACUUUCGAGUUGGUCCCACCCCCAAAGGGCCGUGAGGUAGUGGGGGGGGGGAAUGGGUGUAUACCGUUAAGACAGGACCAGAUAAGGCUGAAACAUACAAAGCUCGUUAUGUAGCAAAAGGCUACUCGCAGAUUCCUGGUAUUGAUUACCAUGAAACCUUUUCCCCAACCGCUCGGAUGAGCUCUAUUCGUAUUUUAUUACAGCAGGCAAUUCAGAAUGAUAUGCUUGUUAAUCAGAUGGACGUAAAAACAGCCUAUUUAAAUGCCCCAAUAGACUGUGAGAUUUUCAUAGAACAGCCAGAAGGCUACGAAAGGGUAGGACAAAAUGGUGAGAGGUUGGUGUGCAAAUUAAAUAAGUCUUUGUACGGUCUUAAGCAGAGUGGACGCAAUUGGAACAACAUGCUACAUGAUUACCUUAUGAAGGAGAGCUUCACUCAAUCACUUGCUGACCCAUGUGUUUACAUUAGAAAUGGUGGUACAAAUGAAUGUACAAUUAUCAUCAUUUGGGUUGACGAUCUCAUAAUUUCUGCUAGCCAUGAAAUUCUUUUGCAGAGUGUGAAAGAUUCUUUAAGUAAUAAAUUUAGAAUGAAGGACCUAGGGGUAUUGUCAUGGUUCCUAGGCACAGAAUUCAAGUGUUCUGAAGGUGCAAUUGAAAUGAGCCAAAAGCAAUAUAUUGAGAAAUUGCUGUUAAGGUUUGGCAUGGCAGAAUGCAAGCCAAAGGUGACCCCAACAGUACUAGGUUUAGAUAAGGUUGUGGAUACGAAAUCACCUGAAUUAAAAGAUCCAACUCUUUAUAGAGCGAUAGUUGGGAGCUUAAUAUAUGUGAUGACAGGUACAAGGCCUGAUUUGUGUUAUAUAGUCACUAAGCUUUCCCAAAACAUGUCGAAACCCACUGAAGCUAACCUUAUUGCUGCAAAACAUGUUCUAAGGUAUUUGAAAGGAACAAUUGAGCAAAGAUUGAGAUUCAGGAAAUCUGAGAGUACUCUAAAACUUAUUGGGUUUUGUGACUCAGAUUGGGGAGGUGAUGUUUGUGACAGGCGUAGCAUAUCUGGCUACGGUUUUCAGUUGUUGGACGAGGGUCCUUUAGUUUCUUGGAGAAGUCGAAAACAGCCAACUGUUGCACUGUCCACAUGUGAGGCAGAGUAUAUGGCACUGACAGAUGCAGUGCAGGAAGCCAAGUUCUUAAAGCAGUUGUGUGUUGAUCUAAAUAUUGUUCAGGUAAGUUUAGUGUUCUGGUAAAUGGUGACAACCAAGGUGCAAUCAAUUUAGCUAAGAACCCUAUGUACCAUAAAAGAUCAAAACAUAUCGAUGUGAAGUAUCAUUUCAUUCGAAGUGAAGUUCGAACAGGUAGUAUAGUAUUAGCAUAUAUUCCAACGGACGAGAAUGUAGCAGAUAUCUUUACAAAGCCAGUCAGUAAAGUCAAGUUAGAUAAGUUUGGACCAUUUAUUUCAGGUAAGUAUCAUUCAGCAUAAGAGCAAGUGGGGGUGUUAAGUUAUGCUCAUAAUACUUCAUAUAACAAUAAUGUAAUUAGUUGUAAUUUUAGUUCAGUUAACCAAUGAUAUGAUUAAGAAAAUGAAUACAAUAUAUUUCCUGUAAUACCAUAUAUAGCAUGAUUAAUAAUUAUUCUGACCAAUUGUAAUUUAGCACAUUGUAACAUUGGUCGAUCUUCAAGCUGAACAAUAAACAAUCAAGUGUUCCAGAUAUUAUGUCAAUGAGAAAUGCCGCUGAACCUGAAUCAUCACAAACUUAUGAUGUGUCCACUCCUACUGCUAUUGCCAAUCUAUUCAAUCGCUACUUCACAUCAGUGUUCAACACUGAUCAUGAUAACCUGGAUGAACGUUCCUCUCCACCAUCAUCUCCACCUUCAACGUCAGGACAGUCAGACCUCCAACUAACAAUAGAAGAAGUCGCAAGAACACUCUUAGCGCUAGACACCACCAAGGCUACUGGACCUGACGGUAUACCAUCUCGACUUUUAAAAGAAACUGCGUGGCAGAUUGCACCUUCCCUCACCAAAAUAUUCAACAAGUCGUUAAGCUGUGGCGAAAUACCUGAUGAAUGGAAACUAGCAAACAUUGUUCCGGUACACAAAAAAGGCGAAAAGAGCCAAGUAGAGAACUAUAGACCUAUCUCCCUUCUUUCCAUAAUAUCGAAAGUACUAGAACGUUGUGUCCUGAGAAAUAUACGUGAUCAUUUGUUGCAAUUAAUCAAUGAUAGCCAACAUGGUUUUAUUCCCGGAAAGUCGUGUACAACUCAGCUAUUAGAGGUUCUUGACUAUAUUGGUUCACUUCUGGACGGUGGCAAGCAAACUGAUGUAGUCUACAUGGACAUGUCCAAGGCAUUCGACAAAGUCCACCAUAAAUAUCUGAUAAGCAAAUUAAGGAACGUCUAUGGCAUCUCUGGUAAACUCCUUCGCUGGUUUGAGUCAUAUCUGACAAAUCGCAAGCAACGUGUGACUGUGCUAGGAGCUACAUCCUCCGCGAGACCUGUCCUGUCAGGAGUUCCACAGGGUUCAAUAUUAGGUCCCAUACUGUUUCUGUUGUACGCGAACGACCUGCCGGAUGCAGUAGAGCACUCCAAGAUCGCCUCCUUCGCCGAUGACACGAAACUAUUUAAGAAAGUUGAUUCUACUUCCGAUGCCAUCUCCUUACAAAGUGACCUGAGUAGUUUGGAGAACUGGUCAACAUCUUCUGGCCUUGUCUUCAACCAAGACAAAUGCAAAUGUCAGCGUGUAACAAGGAAAAAGAAUCCUAUUAAAUACGAAUAUACGAUCAAUAACAAGUCCCUGGUGGUCACCGAAAAAGAGAAAGAUUUAGGUAUAUGGUAUAUCGACUUAAUUACGAGGACAGAACGCAUCCAACGACGAGCUACAAAGUUCAUUUUGAAAUUACCAUACGUGUGCGGAGAAACGUACAAAGACAGACUGAUCUCCUUAGACUUACUAACAAUCACCUACUGGCACGAGUUCCUUGACAUUAUGUUUUUCUUUAAAGCUGUAAACAACAUUAUAACUGUCUCGAACGAAAUCCUUCCGCAGCCGAUUAUCCCAUCAAGGCUCACUAGAACCUCGGUUGACACCAACCUGCUCUCCUUCCGUCCUCGCAAAUGCAAGACGCUGACAUACCAACGCUCUUUCUUCAUCAGAGUAAUAAGAUCUUACAACUCUCUGCCAGAAAAUCUAAGGCAAAAAGAUCUCUCACUGGUACGAUUUAGAACAUUGUUGCUGGACUACUACCACAACGCUGCCAAGACAUCCUAUGAUGUAGACGAUGCCAGAACGUGGAGAACAGUCUGCUUAAAAUGCAACACAUCACGAAAACUCGUGCAACCAUUAACGUGUUGCUAUUAGUACAUGUACACUACCAAUUAUCAGUUUCAAUUUAUAUAUUAGCUGUGUGUUUUCUGUAUCCAAGGGCCCACAGUAAUUGGUUUUAAGCUGUUGUGGUGACCCCGCCUUUUUGUUGUUGUCACCUUUUUGUCCAACCUUGAAACGUGGAGGCUGGGCGUAUUUGCUGUGUUUCGAUAUGUUUUGUCUAGGUCUAUGCCAAGUCAUGUUGGGCUCAUAAAAAUCAAGCUAUUCUAAAAUGAAUAUAAUUGUAAAAUUAAACCGUCCUAGGUUAGCGGUCAAGGGUGUAUGUUUUUUUACUAUCAUGUUGAAACAUAGACAGGGGCGCUGAAGUUUGCUCGUUUUUGGGUUGGACAGAAAUGGUUGUGUGUACGUGUUGUUUGAUUGUGUAAUUAUAGGCGAAGCUAAAUAAAUAAAUAAAUAAAUAAAUAAACGCACUUGAUGUAAAAUAAAACUUAGCCGGUUCUUGUAUGCUUCCACAGAGUGUGUAUCUCUUGUAAUAAAGAAUGACAAUUAUAUAUGACAACUACAACGAACUCAACAAUACUGCAUCAUAGCACGUAUGUCGUCAUUUUCAGGUCAGUGUGAAUGCCUGAGCAGGCGUCUUGUUUAUUUUAGAUUACAAACGGGAAAUUGAUACCCCAACACCCGAUUUGGGUAUCAAUUUCCGUUUGUAAUCUAAAAUGACUGAAAAUUGCAAACUUCCCAAGGCUACCGGGUGUCCCAAAAAAAAGUACUCCGGUUUGAUUCAUAAUAACUUCUAAACAAGCAAAGUUUUUAAAGAGAAAUAAUUUGCAUCAAAUAGAGGAAAGUCUAACUUAGAUUUUGGUAUAUUACAGUUGUAUUUCACUUAAAAAUUCACGGAGAUAUUAAUGUUCAAAAUCGGGAGCAUAUUUUUGGAUGUGUCUGAAAUAUGCAAAAAACGGCGUAUCAAAUAUUAAUCAAAAUUUGCCCGAUUGAAACAUGCACUUUUACCAUUAAAUGAAUGACACUUGACAAAUUGUAUAUUAUGAAACAAAGUAUUAUUAUCUACAAAAUACAAGCAAGAUUUAUUCGUCCGAAAUCCGCGUGUGUUCCUUAGACGAAUACGUUUCCUUAUUUCAUGAGACCACUGCAUCGCGAAUUAAGGAUCGUCAUGGAUAUCGUUCGUAGUUCUGAAUUAGGGCAUGCUGUUACAAUGGAAUUGUGAAGCUCUUCUAACUUCUGCAAAGUUCAGAAAUCUUGUUAAGAACACUCAAACUCUUUUGCUUUUUCUUAAUCUUAUUAAGUUCAGAAUAAACUGAGAAUGAAACACAAUCUAACCAUACAACUUCAUAAGACAUAACAAGCAACUCCCCAGAGACAUCCAACAUUUUUGGAACAAAACGUAACAAAAUAGUAGCGUUGAUACUGUGAUGUGUAUUUGCAAAAAGCAAUAUUAUUUGCUUCAUUAAAGAAAUCCUGCUCUAACCGAGAAAUAAUCAACUCUGUUUUGAACCCAUGAAAAACAUUUAAAAAUUAGGCUAUUUAACAAAAAUUUAAGCGCCUGCCUUGCAUAUAUGGUUUUUCAUGUACCUUUUAGUUUGUAAAGACCUAUUAAAUACUUGCAUAAUUUCGAACGUUCAAUAUUUCAGGAAACAAUCAGCUAAGACUUACAUGCAUGUUAAAAUGUCUAAAUCUGCGCCAUAUCCCUUACAAACCGUAACGACAAUUUACUGAAAUACAAGUUAGCCUGAUAUGUCAUUAAACAAACAAACACUGCAUGAGUUAAUAUUUGAUAUGCCGAUUUUCGCUGAUUUUAGACACAUCCAAAAAUAUGCUCCCAAUUUUGAACAUUAAUAUCUCAGUGAAUGUUUAAGUAAAAUACAACUGUAAUAUAUCAAAAUCUAAGUUAGUCCUUCCUCUAUUUAAUGCAAGUUAUUUCUGUUUGAUAGCUGUACUUGUUUAGAAGUUAUUAUAAAUCAAACCGGAGUACUUUUUUUUGGGACACCCGGUAUAUUAUCCGCAUUUUACCACAUUUCGCAACGAAACUUCGGAAUAUUACUAAUUUUGUGAUGCUCUUUCAAGCUGUGAUGAAAUUUUUGUCUAGAUCAAAAUUUUAGUUAUAAGGUUAAAGAUCCAUUCAAAUUCCAUGUGUUAAUUUACUUACUAAUCAGUGUUCGCACUGUUUAUCAAUUAAUUUGUAGGCAAUGAUAAGGAGAGUAAACCUAGCUAUUCAAAGACAACAUACCCAUCGUAUUCGAAAAAGGAGAGAGUUUCAAAAGCUAAUGCUGGAAAGGAGCGAGCGCUAAAUGAACCUUGGGAAUGGUAUGAUAAAUGCACUACACGCGAACGAAAUAAGGGUAGGUUUUUAUGUUUCACAUUUAUAAUCUGAUUAUCGGCCCAAAGAAGAAUUUAUUCUACCCGGUAUAUACAUCUUUUUAUUAGCAUGUAUUUGGACAGGUACUGUAUGGUAUAUAUAUGUAUAUGUAUAUAUAUAUAUAUAUAUAUAUAUAUAUAUAUAUAUAUAUAUAUAUAUAUAUAUAUAUAUAUAUAUAUAUAUAUAUAUAUAUAUAUAUAUAUAUAUAUAUAUAUAUAUAUAUAUAUAUAUAUAUAUAUAUAUAUAUAUAUUUAUAUCUUAAAAUUAAUUAUAAUUAUAAUUUAAUUUUAAGAUAUAAAUAUAAAUAUAUCUUGCUCUACUUUUGUAUUAGUGUUGAGCACUUUAUUAUCUACUACAACAAAACAAAUUAUAUAUAUAUAUAUAUAUAUAUAUAUAUAUAUAUAUAUAUAUAUAUAUAUAUAUAUAUAUAUAUAUAUAUAUAUGAUUUCAAAAUGAAUAUAAUAAAGUACGUAUAAUCGUAAUGAAUAUAAUAAAGUACGUAUAAUCGUAGAAACUAUAUUUCACUAUGAAAUGUUGAUGCAUGUACCGAUGGUUCCGCGUGAGUAUACAUGGCGGCGAUUUUAAAAUCUUUAAUUUGAAAGCACUAUGAUCAUAUAUAAAAUUCAAACGAUUUUUAGAAGGCUCCUCGUGUAAUAAUAGACGUUUGUUUGAGAUAUGUGUUUUUAUAACUCUUCCAUAUUUUCUCCCCGCCAUCCAUGUAAGAUUUUCUAUUUAUGCAAAAAAAUCUUAUUGUUCACGAAUAGGGUUGUUCACUGCAGAUCAACAAUUGAAGGGCGACGAAGCAAGAUACACCAGACAAAACCCUCAAGGUACCCGGUAUGGUUACGAAUGUCCGGAGGAACGUGAUUACUAUCCAUACUGGUAUCCAACUGAUUGGAUAGAUAUUGCAGUGUUACCCAAUGAUAAAGAAGAUUGUUAUCACUACAAGAAAGAAAGCUUUAAUACUAAUUCUAAAGGUAAUAUUGAUGAUCAACAGUAUACAAAUAAUGAAUGUUUAUCUCAUGAAAAUAUUCUUACCAUUGCACGAAUAACUGAACAUUCAUUAUUUGUUUUAUAUAAUACCAAAAUAGACUAAUAGAUUCGUAUGAGAAGCAUUUUGACGGAUGCGAUUAUCGAAAACACAAAGAGUGCAAUGGAAUAAAACGUAUAGUACAAUUGCACUCGCAAAGAGUGCAAUGGAACGUAUUCCAUUGCACUCUUGGGAAAUGGAAUUUUCUAUUCAAUAUCACGUGACCAUAAACAGCCAUUUAAACGAUCAGAAUUCAAUAAGGUAUUAUAUAAUAUUUAUUAUUAUAUAUGGCUUUGCAGAAUCCUGGAUUCUGAUUGGUCGACGUGCGGUCCGUAAAAUGCGUAUCCGGACCGUGGUUCGUAUUUUCCCGUAUCCGGACCGUGGUUCGUAUUUUCCCGUAUCCGGACCGGUUUCCCGUAUGUCAAUUUAACAGACUCGAAUUUGAAACGUUUUUACACGUUUAUAAGGUCGUUAUGUGAAGAAAAAGUAUCCUUGGAUCAUUUUUAAGAAUAGGAAGUCUUGGAAAUAUUAAUAAGUACUUGUACCAACACAAAUUUCAUCGAAACAGCUAAGAAAACAAGCUAUAGUCGUUUGAACUCUUACUGGCAACCGUAAGUUUUGGCGGGAAAAUGUUUUGAUUUGUUUACUUGUUUCAAAAAACAAAUAAAGAUGAAUUUAACAUCUUUAAUACCAUAUUCUAAACAAAUAUAUAAACUGGAUUUAUAAGCAUUUUUUCUGGGGGUGGGGGUCACCGAAAAAGUAGUUCUAAAGCGAUUGUUAAACAUGCUUUUCCGUAAACAAUAUUCGGUGACGAAACCAAAUCUAAACGAAGAAAACUAGCAAAUAAAACAUAGCUCAAAAAUACCUUUAUAGCGCUCAAACAAAUAUAUGAAAAUCAGAAAAUGUGUGUUAAGGAGCCAUAUAAUAAACGGUUUAUUAACCUCGUUUGGCUCGAUCUGUACGGGAAAGUAUUUGCCUUCGGUUUAUCCGCACAGACCUCGCUCCUUCGUUGCUCGGUCUGUACGAAAACCUCAGGCAAAUACUUUCCCGUACAGACCUCGCGCUCGGUUAAUAACCCUUUAAUAUACUGAACGUUGUUAUGGAUUAUAACUCCGGUCUGUGAAUUGGCUACCCUGUUUGAAUAAAUAUAUCAGGAUCAAGGGGCAAAUCACUCCUAAAAAGUGUACGUACAGUACGGGACAAUAUGAUCUAUACGUGAUUUAAAUCGAUGAUUUGUCCCUCGAUCAGUAUUAUUAAAUUUCUGAUAUACCGGUAUCUCUCCACGUAAGGUGAGUGCAUGGAACUCUACCCAAAGACAAGACGAAACUCGGAAACAAGAUGGCGCCAUGCUUCAAAACACAACAAUCCAGCUGACUGUGAAGCUAAUGGAGGAAAAUGGAUAGAAUUUCAUAACUACUUAGAAAUAACAAACAAAACGGAAACUUCAUGCAAAGGGGAAUCCGUUAUAUGGGGUAUACCAUACAGCUCAGAAAAUAUUGAUCAGCUGGAAGGUGAAGAACCAGAAAAGUGGAAAAAGUGUUUGGUAAAAUUACCCGAACCAGAUUGUAAAGAAGCACCGAGAACACGAACCAAUCACCUUGGCAACGGGAAAGGAAUUGUUCCUUUGACAUAUAACUGGAUACUUCCAUAUUUUCCUUCUGGACAGGAACAGCGCUGUGUAGUUCGUAUUAGGUACGUUAUUCGGGUCUUUGAUAUAUAAAACUAUUUGUUUCCGGUAAUUGUGUCAUAUAAUGCAAAAUAAUGGAACGUCCGGAGGAAUUCGGAAACUCCAAAAGGAAAUAACAUAUGUAGACCAUUAACUAUAUAGUGUCUGUCAGUGCUAUAAUUUUUAGUACUGCUCUCUCGCGUUCGAUUAGGAUUUUAAAAUCGUAUUAGUACCAUACGUGCGAGGACACCAGUCACCAAAUGCAAUAAGCCAAUAUUUGGUAUAAAUGAUAUCGUAUCAUCUUUUAAAACACUUUCAGCAAGCAACUUGCUAUUUACUAUUUUUUCUUUAUAAUUUUUUCUUCAUUUCGUAGGUACAAUAUCUCCACUAACGACUACGACCCAAAUAACACAUAUGCUUCAUCUAAUAACAAGUACGUAUUACAUUCCUUAUCUUGCAAUUGUAUACACAGGACGCCAAAGUAUCCCGCAACUGUCGACAUACAAGUGCAGGAUAAAAUAACCAAUGUUAAAUAAUAAUGUUAAUGUAAAGUUCCGUUGAGUUUUAAGAACCGACCGUUAAUUUGAAUUUAUAAUGUUAUAAUGUUAAUUUGAAUUUAUAAAUUUAUCAAAUGUGAGAAGUCUAUUAUCCCCGAGCAGACGGCACGAAGCGCCGUGCGAGGGUACUAAUUCCCCCCGGCUAUUAACACCCGGGGAAACGAAAGAAUUAGCGAAGUCUAAAGUUCAUCAAUUAUCGCGGGCGCUCACCAACGACACAGAGUAGAGACAUACAGAGACGUAACUAGUGUACCCACUUUUUUGUGCGCAUGCUCGGCAAGUUACUAGAUGCAUGCAUCUGACUGGAUGACGACCUGAUGACGACUCACUUUAAACUUGCUGAGCACGCGCAGUUGAUCAUUUUUCCCCCGGUCGCCUGAAGAAAAAGUGGGUACAUGAUAACGUAAUCUUCCGCAGUGUUUACGACGGUCAGUUACGUCUCUGUAUGUCUCUACUCUGUGCCAACGAUCGACGAUCUUGAGUGGGUGGUCAUCCUCACUUGACAUUUAUGUCAUUUGACAUUUAUCUCAACUGAAAAUAUGGCAAGCAAGAUUUCAAUUUUAAAAGACAUAUAUUUGGAAAAUCGUUUCAUAUACAACAAGCUUGAAGCAAUUUUGUUUGAAGAAAUGAGAAGAAUUGGUUUACUACGGGAAAUCGGGAAAUAUACGGCAAGUUUGCUUUGAAUAUUUUUGAAAUGUUUACGAAUUUUGUUGCUUUAACUUUUUGCGUAAUAAAAAACAUGAAUUAUAGAAGCUCUAAGUUUCAUAAAUUACCGUUUAAUUUGAGAAAAAAUCUUAAAAUGUAAAGGCGAACAAAUUGAUUUGAAGACUGAACUGAAAUUACCUUACAAUUUGUUUUAUUUGUAUUAAACUUAUCAUGUUUUGUUAAGUAAAAACAGUUUAUCGGCAAAAUGUAGUUUACUUGAAUAGUGAACAUUUCAAAACAUUUUACGAAGCGUUUCAAGUUAAAUUUUACAUUAAAUCAAAGCUCACAAAAUGCAAAAUAAUAUACCCACAGUAUAUAUUUCGGAAAUUUAUUGUUGUAUAGUUAAAAGUGCGAAUCUUUCAAUUAUUUUGCAGUUUUGUACAAAAUAUAUGAAAAUAAAAAUUUAAGAAUAUCGUGUUGUCAUGGCAACACUUGAGCGCGAGCCUGCGUUCAGUGCUGGUCAUUUCUGAAUACUUCAUGUUUAAUGUAUGAAAAAUAUUGGCGAGGGGUUACUGCAUGCAUGUAUUUCUAGUUAUAAUCUAAGAUAUAAAGCAAGAUCUGGACGGCGUCAAAUCUCCAGUGAAGUUAUGAGUGGCUCUGUAGAAAAUCGACUUGUGCAUGGGAAGUUUUUCUUCUCCUUAAUGGCAAAUUUCUUGCCUGCCAGAAAUUAGGCUUCAGCGGAAAUUAUCUUUCCUGUAGAACAUAAAAUGCUUACGUGUGUUCAGCAAGGUCACAUUUCUCCCGGGAGCAUAACGAACUAGUUCUACAAUGCGCUCUAGUUGUCUAGUCUGACAGAUUUCAGUCCCCAUACAGAGUUGCAUUCAACUUUCCAGUCGUUUGCUCGCGAUAAUCGCUCGUUAUUCACAAUGUUCGUGGGAUAAGUCAAACACAUGUAUUCACAAUGUUCGUAAGCCACACUCGUCUCGCACAAACUUGGUGAACCAAAUGGAUAACAAUGAAUUAUACAGGAGUUGUUCUUCUAAUUACUAUAGGAUUAUUUUGGGCAUCUCACUCGAUUGAACUAAUGCACGUGGACUUGUAUAGAUGGAAAUUUCGAGUGUAAAUUUUAUACAUUUAUUUAGACUAUGUAACCAUGCGCAGCUGCGUAAGAUGAAACUAUAUGAUAGACCCUUUGGCAGGAAUUGAACAUGCGACGCUGCGAAGGAUGCGAUUCCGGUUCUAUAUACGCUCUGACUAACUGAGAUACAGAGUCCAAUAACGUUGUUGACCUCGAACCACCAGUUAAUGAUUGAUCUCUAAUGAGGUGGUUACUAUCAGCUACUUAUAUGUAUAUUUUCAUUUAGUGAUGACGUUAUUUCUAACGACCCAGAUGUAAAUGUUGGAAAGGGCAACAACAGCAAAGUUCCUCUUCAACUUGCUAUCAACACAGCUCAAUUUGGUCGUACUUUCCAAGAUCGGUCUCACAUUUUCAAAAUCAUUCCGAGAAAAGACCACUUUAGCGAUUGCGUGAUUCAUAAUCUCAAUGUUAGAGGAAAACGUGGAAAUAUUGUUCAAACUUUCCCUGCAGUUGAAUAUGACUUCACACCAAAAGAUUUGGAAGUGAAAUCCUCACAUUGUAUUCAUAUACAAUUUGCUGGUAAGCUACAUUGCUAGCGUAUACUAACGAACGUUCUCCCUGAUAUGUUUCCAUAAGAAGUAAAUUGUUAAUUCUUGCGUACUGUCGACAAUUUUUUAUUGAAUUCCCUUCCACACACGUUAUUGCUUCCACCAGUUGAUUAAUAUUAGCAUAUCUGAAAAAACACGUGGUGAGUAGCACACCAACGCAAAGUCAAUUCUCCUCAUUUCCUUUCGAAUCAUAUACAGAAUUCAAUUAAGAAAUAUCAAUGACAAGUUCCAGAAACUUUGCCCUAAUGCGUUUUUAAUCCUAAUAUCUCACUGUGAUAUUUAUAGGUUCUAAUAGAAAUCCUGCAGGCAACGCUGGUGAAGGGCGUGCACGUAAGUUACAGCAAUAAAAUUCUUUGUUUCUAUAUACAUUUUGGGGUAUGUCAGUUUUGUUAAUACCGAAAUAACAUGGCAUCAUUUGCAAGAUAAAAAUACAUGCAGUCACUGCCAAAACUGUUCUAUGUUCUGCAUUUCCCGUUUUAAAUUCUUAUUGUUACAUAAUUUUCAUUUUUUGAACUAAACUAAACGUGAUUCGGAAUGGUUCUGUUCAAUACUGCUCAGUCAGGGGCGAAACUUGAGGGGGGUAUGGGAAGGGGGUGUGACACCCCCCAAAAUACGAAUCAUCUGGAUUGGCAGGGCAAUCAAAGAUUUAAAAUGAUAGAAUUAAGUAACUUACAGGGAUUUCAGAGGGAAUUGAAUAGAAUUUAUGAAUAAGGGUUUCACCCAUGUUUUAAUGUCCGGAAAAUUUUUUUUCUACCUUUUUUUCAUUUUUUGUUAAAAUAGUGGCCAGAAAUAAAAAUUUGCUGCAGGGCAUCAUCGGUUUUGGCAGGGCAAUUCUGGCAGACACCCCCCCCGAAUUAAAAGCCCUUACUCGCCGAAUUAAAAGCCCUUACUCGGCCCUGUGCUCAGUAUUUCAAAGUUCUAUAUACGAUACAUUGUUACAUGCAUGUUUUACUCAUUCGACUAUUCACUACUGCCUCGUCCCUCGUCACUUCAGUUGGGAAUAGAGAUGGGUGGAAAAACAAUGGGAGCGCGGGGCUUAAGAGUCAGUAUUCACUACUAAGACACUAAUAAGAAUAUUUUUGAAAUAUAUCUAAAUAGGAUAAACACAGCAUAAUUAAGGACCACAUGCAGUCAUUACAGAAUUUCUCAUUUCUCAGAAUUUCUCUCUCUAGUCAUUACAAAAACUCGCUAUAGAGUUUGCACUCAUUCCCCAUGCAGGGACCAACUGAACAAAAGCCAUGGCGGCGAUGUUGGUGUUCCAGACAAAAGGGUCUAAUUGAAAUAUUUUUUUUUGAAUUGGAACAUCCAUGUGACCUCAUGUGCAAACGCUCUAUAGGUAGCUUCAGCAUGCAAUACGGUGCGGUAAAUUGUCGUCAACGGUCAGUUGAGACUUGAGAAAAGGUUGAUUAUUUUCAUGAAUUUGAAGUAGCCUUGUAACGGGAGGCAAACUAUAUAGCAGCACUUGAGACGUAUAGCAGUCUGAUGUUGACCACCAUUUGUUGCCUUGUAACGCUUACUAAAAACCACCAACAAUGCAUGCAACCGUUCUAAAAUUGUUACUUUUCUCAACAGAAACAGACAGAAGCAAUUUGGUAGCAAUGAAACGCCCAGAUGUAAGCUAUCCACUGGCAGAUACUACAGGUAAGGGUGGCUUGGCACAUUGCCAUUUAAGAGUUUGUGGUUUGAGUUAGGAUUAGGAUUAUAUAAAUUGGAGUUAGGAUUUGUGUUAGGAUUGGGGCUGGUAAGAAUUAAGGUUGGGAUUAAGAUAUAGUAGACUUAGAAUUAAGACAAGAGUAGGGAUUGAAAGGAUUACGAAAACGUUAAGGGUAAUAACCAUUUAAAUUGUCUUUGCUAAUGUUGAACUUCACCCUCAGGUACACUAUUUGAUGGAGCAACCGUGAUCGACGCACCUGACCCAGACGAUUAUACAAAAACAACGAGCGGCGCUGACAUAGCAAUUGCCAUGGCAACAGCAGGUUACUUCAAACGUGCUCAAGAUGUGUCCAAUCCAUUUAGCGUUCCUGGUUGUAAUACUCAACAAGCUGAGCAACUGGAUUGUUAUCCGCCUUCAUACACUGGACUGCUGCUAAAACUGAAACCUGGUCAGUAUUACUACAUGUGCUCUCGUAACAACAAUUUCACAAACAGAAAUCAGAAGGCCAGCAUUAAAGUUACUGAGGGAUGA